AUGUCCGAAUCAACAUCUUCUGCCGAACUCUUUGCGACAGCUGACUUCUGUCUGAUCCCGAUGGGAACCGGCCACGAUCCCUCUGUCGCGGAAUACGUAGCAGAGUGUGCUCGCGUGCUUGAGAAGUCUGGGCUGAAGUACAAGAUGCACGGGUACGGAACGAAUCUCGAAGGCCCCUGGUCCGAAGUAUCAAGCGCAAUUCACGCCUGCCACGCCGCCGUUCACGCGAAAGGUGCACUGCGCAUCGCAACGGACAUCCGCAUCGGCACGCGCGCACCCGGUUUCGAACGCAAACUCGUUUCUGGAGCAGAGGGCGAGAACGAUCACAAGCUGAAGCGAGUACAAGAGAUUCUUGGGAAGGAGAGCGUAGGCGGAGAGGCGAAGUGA